AUUACAUCACACUCAUAGCAACAAACUAAACUUCAUCAUGACUUACACCCUAGUGCUUAUGCGCCACGGCGAAUCCCAGUGGAACGUCGAGAACAAGUUCACAGGAUGGGUUGAUGUUCCCCUAACUGAGAAGGGUAUCGCUGAGGCCACUGAGGCUGGCCAGAAUCUGGCUGCUUCUGGUUAUGAGUUUGACUGCGCUUUCACUUCGUUCCAGAAGCGUGCGAUCAAGACUUGUUUCAUCACACUAGAGGCCACCGACUCGCUGUUUGUUCCCGUGCAGAAGUCAUGGAAGCUAAACGAGCGUAUGUACGGUAACCUACAGGGUAUGAACAAGGGAGAGAGUGUAGAGACCUAUGGAGCCGACAAGGUACUUAUCUGGCGCCGAUCAUUCGACGUACCUCCCCCAAAUAUGGAAGACCCCAACCAUCCCUACAACCCAGCUAAGGAGCGCAAGUACGCCAGCAUCCCCAAGGAGGAGCUACCCACAACCGAGUGCUUGAAGGAUUGCAUUGAGCGUGUUGUACCUUACUGGGAGAAUGAUAUCGUCCCAGCUAUCAAGUCUGGCAAGCGUGUGCUCAUUGCGGCUCACGGAAACUCUCUACGGGGUUUGGUCAAGUACUUGGAUGAUAUCUCGGAGGAUGACAUUCUUAAGCUUAAUAUCCCCACUGGAGUUGCCCUGGUGUACACUCUAGACGAGAACAUGAAGCCAAUCACUGCUGAGGGACAACCCUACGCACCUCUUAAGGGUUCAUAUCUAGGUGAUGUUGCCGAUAUUCAAGGCAGGAUCAAUGGAGUUGCUAAUCAAACCGCUAAGAAAUAGAUUCUUAAUUCAGAAAAAUAAAUGUGUACUAAACUUGAAAAACAAAGGGCAAAGUUUAAAAAAUCCCCUUUCUGUUUAUGUGCAUUGAUGAACUAAAGUGAAACACAGCACAGCUAUUCACAUUGGUUCUAGUCAGAAUGAGGUGUACAGGAUUCUGUGUAUUUAAGUAAAUUAAGUUUGGGGUAAGCACUCCAAAGACACAAUAGUGGGACAGAAUUCGCGCUACAGGUUUGCCCAUUGUUUUAGGCGGAUGGCUCAGCAGGUACACAUUUCAGAGUGGGGGGAUACGUGAAGCUGUCAGCGAUGAUGUGUGUGCCGACUCGAGUAAAAUAUAAAUGCACUGCGGCUUGCGUCGUGCGAGGCUAGAUCGUGCACGAAUUUUAAAAAAUGCGCAACUUCAGCAGUCGACGCUAAGGACGCACCUAUUUUUUUUUACAAAUCACUUUUACAUGUAUAAUUAAGCAAGUGAUUCCAAUUAUUCUAAUUGCACCGCCAUAGCAACAAUGAACAACGACGUCACAACAACAGUCGCUCGUAACCGCCUUCACAAGCAAAUAUGCAUUAGAAUGUAUGAGCUCAAAGUUUUUUUUAUGGU